CCGCGGUUUCGCGCGCGGACGUGCGUGUGUGCCUUGUGGUGCUGCUGUGCGCUUGGCAGUGAGCGGCGUCGUCGUCGUACUAGACUCGACGGGUUUCUUGUGCAGUGCGCGUCGCUACGAAGUGCUUAAGAAAGUUCAAAGACCAAGGAGACGGCGGCGGCUGCCGUGGCGGCGGUUUCGACGAGUCGUCCGGGACUUGAAACGACCGGGCCUGCCAGCUUUUUUUCUUAGGGGAGUGACCGCGCCACUGUCCAACGUGAAUCAGCGUUUCUUCCUUUGUUGCGCAGCCUGUAAUAACGAGCAAACGACCUCGUGAGCUACAGCGGUAGAAAGCUUUUUCAAGGACUGUACGAACUUGACAGGGCGGCGCUGCCUCGGUUCUUGGAGGGUCGCACGUGUUUGUCACCCUUGUCCAUUGGUAGCUGUCGUUCACUUCUUCAGCCGAUUCGUGUGUCCUCAUCACUGGUGAUUGCUUCCCUAUGCAUCACUGGCUCACCUGAGACGGAAAGAGGAGAUUGAUUUCGACAGUGGUUUGCCCUCAGUUCGUGCGGUGUCUUGUCACCACUCGCCCUUGUCUAUUAGUGAACUGUUCUUCACGUCAUCACGCCGGCGUCACUCUGGUGAUUGCUUACCAACCCACCAAUCACUAACUCGACAGAGGUAGAACGAAGAAACCAAUGGGGAAGUGAAAGAAGAGACCCAGUGCCAGAAGAUCGGCCGACGUUCUAAUUCUCGUCACCUGCCGCUUUGUGUUGUUACUUUGCGCUUUGAUUUUGCCCUCGGAAGGCGAGUGACUCCUUCCAAGGUUGCAAGGUUGUCGUCGACUCGCCCUUUUUGGGGAGUUAUACGUCACCGGCGGCGUCGACCGGACGCACCUCCACAGGCGGGCCCGUCUGGUCUCGAUGCGCGAUCUGGUUCCCGAGGACAGCAGCAGCGGAAGCAGCAGCAGCGACGACGAAGAGAGCAGCAGUAUGAUGAAGCACCAUCUCCAGCAGCAGCCCGACCACCAGGGGCCCUGCGAGAACUACAUGACGCACAACUGCGUCACCAUCAUCCCCGUCGAGUAUCCUCGCUCCGACAGCUCGCCGCUCUCAGCUUGCACCCUGCGCGGGGGACCGGCAGCGGUGGGCGGCGACAAGCGGGGCGACUACGCCACGCUGGACCACCGCCACCAUCAUCACCACCACCACCACAGCGCACCGUCGCCGUACGCGGUGUCCGUGCCGGCGCUCGCCACGACCACCACGACACGGCGCCAGCUGCCGACACCGACGCACCACCACCAUAACCAGUACCACCCACACCCGGCCACCAAUGCAAGCCACCACCACUUGCAGCAGCAGCAGCAACAGCCAGCAGUGGCCCACCACCACGGACACCACAACCACGUUCGCCAACAACAGUGUUACCAGUUGCCACCACUCACCACGGUGGGUCACGGCCACGACGACACGCCCCCGGGCUGGCGAAUCCUGCCCACACCGGCGGCAGCCCGGGACCAUCUGGUGCCCCCGCCGGCUCCGGCUCCGACGCCAAACUUGGCCCCACCAAUGGCUCCGGCUCCCCAGCAGCGGCCGGUGACGCCUCCUCCCGCACCGGUGCCACCGCCAAAGCAAGAGAUGUGCGUGUACCUCAUGAACAAGGUGUGCCUCUGCGUCGAGGUCGGCAACGUCCAGCUGGCGACAGCCCAUGAGAUCAUCGACAUCAUCGCGGAGGACGACACCGAGAUCAACUUCCCGGCACAAGUCAAGGACGUGUUCGCCCUCUGGAUGACCUCCCCGUUGCUCGAGCUGCAGCUCAAGCCAGAUCACAGACCCUACCUGAUCCGGGAGCGGUGGUCGGAAUACCUGAAGAAGUACACCUUUGCCACAAAGCAGCAGCUAGACUCUGAUGAGCCUGUGCUGACGUUGCAGAGAAACGUCUUUCUCGAAAAAUCCAAAGAGAAGGAGGUAUGCCGCCCGGAAACACAGAUCACUGACCUCAAGCUGCUGAAGAUGCUCUUUGCGGAAGCCAAGGGCAACGUCCUCGACGGGAGGUACCCCUGCGAGACCGAAGACUGCAUGGUGCUGGGUGCUAUCCAGGCACGGCUCGAACUCGGACCGUACGACCCUCUCAAGCACACUCCAGAGUUUUUCAGAUCUCGGAUCCGAGACUUCCUUCCCGAGCACGCCUGCCGCUCGCACUGGUUCCUGCUGGGCCUGGGCGCCAAGAAUGGCCCCGAGCGGCGCCUCUCCGAGCACUACAAGGCCAUCGCGAGCAAUGUCAAGGACAGUCGUCUGAUGCGCAAGUACCUGGAAUUCUGCUGGGCCUUCCCUUACUACGGGAGUGCCUUCUUCAGUGGUCAGGUGGAGAGGCCCGUGACGGGCAUAGCGGCCCUGAUGAACCACUACGACCUGCCCGUCCUCGUGGCCAUCAAUCGUGAUGGCGUUCACGUCAUGGACCCGAGUCAGCCAGUGGUGCUGCUCAGCCUGCCGUACAAGCAGUUGUCGUGGGACUACGCGUGCCCAACGCAGCCCGACAACCCUGACUGCCUGCCCUGCCUGUUCCUGCAGUUCCAGCUGCCGGGACAGAACGAGACGUCUGUGCUCCAGAUCUUCUCGCGACAGGCCAUACUCAUGGAUGCCUUGAUUUCCACGAUUGUCGACGAGUUGAAGAAGCGAGCCUCUUGGAUUGAAUCCGAAGCCGAGGCAGUGGCAGUGAACUCCAGAGCGGAUGACGAUAUACAGGUGCCGUUGACCGUGAAGAAACUCAGACAGGAGCAGGGACUGUCAGGGCGCUUGCGAAAGCUUUCCAUCGCAAAAUUCAACAGCAGUGGUGACUACCUCAAUUCCAAGGGUUCCCUCGAGUUCAGAAGGGACGACCGCCCGAGAUGAUUGGGGUUCGAAAGGGAACCGCCUUGGUACUGAGGCAAUCCCGCUACACGGAUGAGACGUCCGCGCCCGGGCACGCAUGUUUGCUACUGAACGGGAACAUUUACAUUGUACGCCAUUGCUUUGAGCCAGGCGUACCAUCUUGCAGCUUGCAUGUGCCUCAAGCAGGCUUUUCUGGAGGCACGACACAGGCUCGCAGUCAAAGAGCGCUCUGGGCAUUCUGUGGCCAUUCGAUAGAAUGAGCUUAUGACGGUCCCGUAAGACUGCAGUGAUUGAAGUUUGAGUGGACUUGUUUAAGAGUGAUUUAGCACUCCCCUCUCAACACAGCAUUCCAGACACACACCAUGCCUCCUUUCCUGUGGAAAGCCUGCCGUUAAUUCACUUGUUCACUUGUGAGAAUUACAGGGAUGGGAUGUAGAUGUGCCGUAAUGUCGUGAAACGUUAACGCCAUAUUUACAUGUCGUACAGUUAAACAUGACUGCAGAAAUGGCUACUGCCCAUGAUGAAAACUGUGGCAUACCGAACCUAGCUCCUCAUUUCAGGCAACCGUUGUAGUAGGAUCUCGGUGAUAUGGAUCUCAAGUGGGGGGCAAAAAUAUUUCUGUCACCCAAAAUUGCCUAUCACAGAAAACUAUCAAAAUCCGUUUUCAAACCACAAUGUAUGCGCAAAACGUUUAUUUCCAUCGAAAGAACUCGUGUAUGUCUUUCUGGGACACACGUGAAGGGACCAAUAAGGGACGGCGCAGCUGGCUGCCGCGAACGCGCGCGUCAAAGCUUCGCUUGAGGCCAACUAAAAACUAAGUGAUAAAGUCCGCUCCAUCAUAGUCAUAGGCGAAUGAAGGAACGCCGAAAUGCUUCGAGCAUUUUUAUGACUUUAUUGCUUUUGAUCUACCGCUUUAGCCUUAUACCUUUGGAGCUGCGUAAUCGCUAUCGAUGAUCGCGUCGAUAGCAAUCGUGACGUCAUGUGCGGCUGUUGCGGCAAACAGCAGUUCCGUUUUCAAUCCGUGUGCACUUGCCCUCAAAACUACGUCGUUGCUAUCUAUGAUCGCGUCUGCCGCGGUUUUCUCUGCAACAGUUGCAGCACGCAGCAUUGCUUUGACUCGAUGAGUUUUGGAUGCGCAUGUAUUUUCAGAGUUUCAUCGUCGCCAUACUUGAUUGCGUUGAUAGCGACCGCGGCUUCAUCCGCAGCGGUUGUGGCAAAUGAUAACCACAGUUUUUACUGUGUGUGUGGUGGCUGCACGCGUACUUGCGAAGCUUCCGGAGCAUGCUGCUCUCAGCCGUCGCUCGACGGUUUCAGUACCAAAGUUUGUGUUGCCCAUCGUGACGUGGAAAAGUAUUUCCCAAUUUUGGCCCAUUGGACUCAGUGAAAUAAGACCGGGGAAUUUAACGAAUUCGUAUCGGACCAAAAUUCGCAUCAGCUGGGUUCGUAUCACCAAGAUUCUACUGUACAUUUUGUGCAGAAUGUACAAUGAGGUCGAGUGUGGCUUUGAAAAUCUCUUACAACGGCUACGAUUAAGGGCAGGAAUGACUUUGGAAAUGGAUGCUGCUUACGUUAAGGAAACACUAGUACUAGAAUUAUCUGCAAAUCGUUUUCGGUCAGUCCUUCACGUGUUCACUCGGGGCCACGGCACAGUACGAGUUCUGGAGUAACAUUGUGUACGUGCAGCGCAAGGCUAUAGGUAAGCUGCGAAAUGGCACGCCUGUCAGUACGGAAUUACGCUGGCUCUGAUAAAGGCCACAACCAUUUAACGAAGGAAGUGGUGAUACAUGUAUUCCUAAGAACCACCUGUUCCACACCUUAUCUCCCAUCACCACCCAGAGAGGGCUUCGUUGCGACGUCCUUACCCUUUUUCCAUCAUUACGCCGUCUUUCGUUUUUUAUACCGUGGCUUUGCUGAUAUAAAUGAUGUAUCUGCGAGUCGCAUCAGUAUUAGAUAGUAGUGUGCUUUGAUUUCUAUUUCGAUGCUGUUGUCACGGUGAUUAUUAACUUUUUCCUCAUGAUAGCCAAGAAAGGCAGAGAAGAUGUUUGAACGAUAAGCCGGCUGCCGUGCUUGCUACAUGUCGUGAAUACUACUUACGGAGCAAUUCCCUGUUGUACGUUACUGCUUCAGUCUUUGUCUUGCACGCAUUAUGCAUCGGUAACUAUUUUGUAAAUUAGUAAAGAAGUUA